AUGCUGCUCCCACGAAUAUUCGCGCCAGUCCGCGCAUCAUUGGCAACGGCCACGACAUUCAUCGCGCCAUCUACACGUGUUCUCGACGCCCUCCGCGUGGCCAAUGGCGCCUCGGUGCCCACCCCGGUUCUCUCCUUCGUAAGGCACUCAGCGCAUCAGGCCCAAGGACGAGCCAACGGAGCAAAAGAUGGACCUGGUAAACGUUUAGGAGCAAAGAAGAGCGGAGGAGAGUAUGUCAUUCCGGGAAACAUCAUCUUCCGACAACGAGGAACGGCCUGGUUUCCCGGCGAAAACUGCAAAUUCGGCCGCGACCACUGCAUCUUCGCCACAGAGUCUGGUUACGUACGAUACUACCGUGACCCGAAGAAACACCCAAAGAGGCAAUACAUUGGUGUCGCCCUCGAGAAAGACCACACCCUUCCAUACCCACCGAAUGCGGCGAGACGGAGACGCUUAAAUAUGCUCGCCGUCCCUAUCACUACAUCAACGAAUCCUUCUGCGGACGCAGUUGUCAUAACCGAUUUACAAGUUGGCGACGGCACAGGCAGCCCGAGCAGCGUGCGCGAUACCCCGCGCGAAGCGACACGGAAGGGAUUGAGCUUGACCGCUGGCAAGGGAUACGCGUACCGUGAGGCCAACUGGCAGAUUGGACGUGCGGCCGAGAAGGCGGGUGUGCAGGUCAAGGAGUUUGUGCCGGGUGACCGAUGGACGGCCUGGAGGAAGAGGAGCACAAGGAUCCAAGCCAACAUAGAGAGGAAGAGGCUCCGGAAUGCUGGAAAGAAGGCGAGCAAACCAAAAGCGAGGAAGGCGAGGGCCUAA